GUGAAUUACGCCGGGCUAGCGCCGGCUGCGGAGUGAAGUCAGGCUCCGGGGGAGGGGAGGGGCCGGCCGGCUGCGGCGACCCGAGCUGGUCACUGGUCUGGAAAUCCCGCGCGCCUUGGGUCUCGCCGUUGGCUCCAGCCGUCUUUUCCAGCACUGUUUGCCUGUCCGUGUUCCCCACCGGCUCUGCCGUCCCCAGACCCGCUUCUCCUGGCCGAGGAGCCCUGGGGCGGCGGGGUUCCCCUGCGACUCCGCCUGUGCUGCUCCCGCUUGCACCCCGGAGCUGGGCGCGCGCGGGUCCUCGUAACUAGCCGCGGCCGCCGCUGCUCCUUCCCGCCUGCAGCCGAGGCGGCGUGGUGAGGUGGGGGACGCGUGAGCGCGGCUUCCCGGCCCGGGGUCGGCGCCCGCCAGCCCUGCCCCCGCUUCGGCCCGGCGCCCCCGAGCCGCGGCCCCCUCCCAGUGCAGGGGCCGGCGGCCGCGGCAGGGCGGGCGCCGCGCGGGGGCAGGGCGGGUGUAUUCAAUGGAAGUAUGCUACCAGCUGCCGGUGCUGCCCCUGGACAGGCCGGUCCCCCAGCACGUCCUCAGUCGCCGAGGAGCUAUCAGCUUCAGCUCCAGCUCCGCUCUCUUCGGCUGCCCCAAUCCCCGACAACUCUCGCAGAGGCGUGGCGCAAUUUCCUAUGACAGUUCUGAUCAGACCGCAUUGUACAUUCGUAUGCUAGGAGAUGUACGGGUAAGGAGUCGAGCAGGAUUUGAAUCAGAAAGAAGAGGUUCUCAUCCAUAUAUUGAUUUUCGUAUUUUCCAUGCUCAAUCUGAAAUUGAAGUUUCUGUAUCUGCAAGGAAUAUCAGAAGAUUACUAAGUUUCCAGCGCUAUCUUAGAUCUUCACGAUUUUUUCGUGGUACUACUGUUUCAAAUUCUCUAAACAUUUUAGAUGAUGAUUAUAACGGACAAGCCAAGUGUAUGCUGGAAAAGGUUGGAAAUUGGAAUUUUGAUAUCUUUCUAUUUGAUAGACUAACAAAUGGCAAUAGUCUAGUAAGUUUAACCUUUCAUUUAUUUAGUCUUCACGGAUUAAUUGAAUACUUCCAUUUAGAUAUGAUGAAACUUCGUAGAUUUUUAGUUAUGAUUCAAGAAGAUUACCACAGUCAAAACCCUUACCACAAUGCAGUCCAUGCUGCAGAUGUUACUCAGGCCAUGCACUGUUACUUAAAAGAACCUAAGCUUGCCAAUUCUGUAACUCCUUGGGAUGUCUUGCUGAGCUUAAUUGCAGCUGCCACUCAUGAUCUGGACCAUCCAGGUGUUAAUCAACCUUUCCUUAUUAAAACUAACCAUUACUUGGCAACUUUAUACAAGAAUACCUCAGUACUGGAAAAUCACCACUGGAGAUCUGCAGUGGGAUUAUUGAGAGAAUCUGGUUUAUUCUCACAUAUGCCAUUAGAAAGCAGGCAACAAAUGGAGACUCAGAUAGGUGCUUUGAUACUAGCCACAGACAUUAGUCGUCAAAAUGAGUAUCUGUCAUUGUUUCGGACCCAUUUGGAUAGAGGUGACUUACAUCUAGAAGAUGCCAGGCAUCGGCAUUUGGUUUUACAGAUGGCUUUAAAAUGUGCUGAUAUUUGUAACCCAUGUCGGACCUGGGAAUUAAGCAAGCAGUGGAGUGAAAAGGUAACAGAGGAAUUCUUCCAUCAAGGAGAUAUAGAAAAAAAGUAUCACUUGGGUGUGAGUCCACUUUGUGAUCGUCAGACUGAAUCUAUCGCCAACAUCCAGAUUGGUUUUAUGACUUAUCUAGUGGAGCCUCUGUUCACAGAAUGGGCCAGGUUUUCCAAUACCAGGUUGUCCCAGACAAUGCUUGGACAUGUGGGGCUGAAUAAAGCCAGUUGGAAGGGACUGCAGAGAGAACAGUCCAGCAGUGAGGACACUGAUGCUGCAUUUGAGGAGUUGAACUCACAAUUAUUACCUCAGGAAAAUCGGUUAUCAUAACCCCUGAAUCAAUGGGACAGGCUGCCUCCUGGAGGUUUUUAGGAAUGUGAAGUGGGGUCUUGAGGUGAGACAACUUACUCUUGACUGCCAAGGUUUCCAAGUGAAUGAUGCCAGCAUUAUUUAUUUCCAAGAUUUCCUCUGUUGGAUCAUUUGAACCCACUUUUUAAUUAUAAGACCUGAACAUAGAGCAAUAUGCAUUUGGCUUUUGUGUGAAACCUUGAAUAUGCAAACCCCAGCAUGAGAGGAUCUGAAAGGAGUAACAAAGGAAGUUUUGCAGUGUGCCACAUGUUUUCCGAAGCAUUUACUCUUCAAACCAUGAAACUUGAACUGAAUCUUUCAGCAGAAAUCUCUUGGAAUUAAACCAGUCUGAUGCAACAAUGUGUAUCUGUACCUUCCACUAAGUUCUCUCUGAGACAAUGGAAAUGUGAAGUGCCCAGCCUCUGCUGCCUCUGGCAAGACUCAAUGUUUACAAAUCAACUCUGAAAUAUUGGUUCUAACUUUGCCUUGGAGCAUGAUUGUGAAGGAACCACUAAGAAACUUAAAGAUCAAACCUUAAACUGCAGCUCUUUCCCCUGGUUUGCCUUUUUUCUUCUUUGGAUGCCACCAAAGCCUCCCAUUUGCUAUAGUUUUCUUUUGUGCACUGGAAGCUGAGCAUUUGUCAUAAAGUACCGCCAAGCUUUCGUUCCAGUGCUGCUUGGCAGUGCAACUUUUUUUAACUCUUGGUUUUUAAUUUGGGGUGGGCGGGGAAGAACACCAGUGUCCUAGCUGUAUUAUGAUUCUGCAGUGAAGACAUUGCAUGUUGUUUUCACUACUGUACACUUGACCUGCACAUGCAAGAAAAGGUGGAAUGUUUAAAACACCAUAAUCAGCUCAGGGUAUUUGCCAGUCUGAAAUAAAGUGGGAUGGGGAAGUGUGUCCUUCAGAGCAAGGGUACUAAAGUCCCCUUCGCUGCAGUGAGUGAGAGGUAUGUUGUGUGUGAACGUAUGGACGUGUGUUUGCGUGCAUGUCUGUGCAUGUAUGACUGCAUGUGUUCUAUUUAUCCAUGUGGGAAAGGAUUUGAAACGUAAGCUUUUAUUUAUUAUUUUAGAAUGUGACAUGAGCAGCCACACUUGGGGGAGGGGAAAGUAGGUAAGCUGUACGAGAUUGCUCCAGUUGCCUUAAACUAUGCACAAAGCUAAAUGACCAAACUUCUUGUUUUGAUUUGAAAAAAAGUGCAUUGUUUUCUUGUCCCUCCCUUUGAUGAAACGUUAGCCUUUGAUGGGCCUUUUGAUGUGAACAGAUGUUUUCUAGGACAAAAAUCUAAGGACUAAUUUUAAACUUAAAACAUUCCACUUUUGUAAUUUGUUUCAAAUUGUUUCAUGUGUAGUAAGCACAACUGUAAUCUAGUUUUAAGAGAAACCGGUGCUUUCUUUUAGUUCAAUUGUAUUUCCCUUGUUACUGUAAAAGACUGUUUAUUAAUUAUGUUUACAGUUUGUUGCAACAGCCAUUUUCUUGGGAGAAAGCUUGAGUGUAAAGCCAUUUGUAAAAGGCUUUGCCAUACUCAUUUUAAUAUGUGCCUGUUGCUGUUAACUUUUGAUGAAUAAAAAAACUAUCUUUUCACAUUUUUAUCUUUGAUAUUGACCUCAUAACUCAAUCCUUUGGAAGUCAUAAUGAUAAGUUAGUAAGAAAUCAAAAAUUUGCUUCUUGGCUCUAGCAUUCAUUCACCAGAUAUUUGUUCAGGCAGAGCUGUGUGCAGGCAGUCCCCUGGGGGCAUCGUUCUCUGUACCUCAUGAUGAGCAAGCUGAGGCUUGGGUUACGUGGUUUGCUCAGAAUCCUAAGAGAGGUCAGCUGUGGGCUCAGGCCUUUGACUCCAUAGCUUUUUGUUCCCACACUGAUGCCUAAAACAUCACCUUUUGCAAGUAUAAAAUACUAGAUGUAUUGGCCUUUUUAAAGUAAUGAAUGGCCACUUAAUUCUACUUCAUGUAAGGCAGGUACCACCAGGCCUCGUGUAUCUUCUCAAGUACAAUUCAUUAGAACACUCAAAUCAUGUCACUAUUUGCAUAGGAGAGUGAUGUCCAAUUGAAAUAUAAGUGUUUUUCCAUUUUCUAGUAGCCACACUAAGAAAGAAAAGACGGAAUUGUAAUAACAUUCCAAUGUUACUUCAAUGUGUCAUCAUAAAAAGAUAACAUUGAAAUAUUUUAUAUAGUCUUUUCUUUUUUGGCACAAAGUCUUUGGAAUCCAGUGUGUGUUUUCCACUCUCAGCGCAUCUCAAUUCGUACUAGCCAGGGUCAAGUGCUCAAUGUCCACCAAGGCUAGUGGCUGCCGUGUUAGCGUGGGGACGAAGUCUGAUGGUAGCAGGCCGAGUAUUAUGUGGGGAAGGUCAAAUGGCCACUUACAUGAGGCUAUCACCGAGGCAAUCUGAUGCAUCCAGAGUGAUAAGGGUCUUUACAAGCUCCCAGACGGAGUAUGUCAGCAUAUGGAGGAUGGCAUUAUCUCAUAGCAAGUUCACAGUAACUGAUGUUUUUAAAGUGUUAAUAUUGUAAUCUACAAUGAGAAAUAUAACUAUCAAUCAUUUU